UUGUACUACUAUAACACGCCUUUUCGCAAGUGACUCGAACUUUUUUUUGGCUUGUUGCUCUUAAAGGAAAUUAGUCAAAUUUCAGGAUGGCAUCGCGGGUUGUCAUUUUAUUGGUUGCUUUAUUUGGUAAGAUUUUUUUAAAAGGGUGGGGUCGAAAAUGUUGAAUUUUCAAAUUUGAGAAGCGUUUUUGAAUUCGGGAAAAAUUUAAUUCGGUGUUUUAUUGAAAAUUUCAUAAUCAAAGAAUUUGAAUUUUUCAGAAAUGUUGUUUUUCAAAAAUAAACUGUAGUAAAGUUUUGAAAGCUUCAGUUUUUUUCAAUAUAAUGUCAGUUUUUGUAAAUAUUUUAAUUUCAUGUAACCCUGUGUAGUUUUAACAAUGGGUUUUUUUUUGAAUUUCAUUAUUCCUUGAUUAUUCUCAAAAUCCCAAAAUUAACCUUCGAUGUUGAAUUUGAAUUUUUUUCGAAUUAUGGAGAAUUCAUUUUUCAGAAAUGUAUCUUAAGAACAAAGAAUCAACAAUUUCACGAAAAAUGAUUUUUGAAAAAUUAUUUAUAUUCCAGAGUCCGAACCUAGAAAAUUAUUUUUUGAAAAUUACUUGUUAUCCUUAUUUAAAUUCUCCCAAUUUCACUUUUUUCAACAUCCGCUAACUCGCAACAUAAUUAUAAUUAUAUGAAGUUCAAACUCACUAAUCCUCUUAUCACUGAUUCUUUGAUUUAAUGUUCUUAUCUUCCACACUACUCUACUCUAAUAACACCCAAAUAUUUUCACAAAUUUCACAGAAAAUGCACAAUUUCCUGUUUCAUUUCCCGAGAAAAACUAGCUAGCUAUUUACCAGACUCAUAUUAAAUAAAAUUAUAUGAUAUAAAAUGUGCACAUAAAAAGUUUCUUUCAAAAUUAUCACAAACAUAUAAUAAAGAUAACAAAUUUCCACGUGUUAAAAAAUGAAUGAAAUGACGCAAUCAUGUUUUUGCUGAAACUUUCUGUAAUUUUAGGUGUGAGUUUGGCUCAAAAUCAACCAUGGUUGCAAGCCUGUGAUACUGUACAAUUGCAAACUUGUCAAGGACAAUUCAACACUAAACUUGGAGUUGAUUGUGAGUUUUUUUUCAACGUUUCUAAUUAAUAAUCACAAAAAAUAAUAAUCUUUUCAGCCAGCCUGGGAGUCACUAGCUUCCAAGCAUUAAGAACUGCUGUUGAACAAACAUUUGCAAACGGUCAAGCUUACGGUCUUUUGACAACUUGUGAAGCUUAUAAAGAAUACCAACAAUGCUAGUGAGUUAGAUUUUUCAGAAGGAAAAUCUUUUUAAAAAAUGAACAAUUUUUAGCACUGAUACCAACUUCUAUUCUUGCGCUCAAAAUCCAUUCGGACUUUUGGCCGCUAAUGGGUGAGUUUGAAAUGUUGCAGAGAGAAGGCUUUUUAAGAUGAAACGUAUAAAUUUUUUAUUACAUAAUUUACAAUAUUUGUUUAUCGGACCUUUAGAAUUAUGAAAAUUAAUACACAGUUCUGAAAAAUUUGUUUAUUCACAUUCAGAAGAAUAUGGUCCAAAAAUUUUUUUAAUACUCAAUUUUCUUUCAAAAUGGUUAUUGAUGUGAAAAACUAAUUGCACAGAAAAACACACCUUCUCAUUGUAAUCAAAUUUUUUUAGAACAACAAAAUUCUCAAGAGUUCAAGCUUACGGAUAUCAAAAAAUCUGGAAUCAACUCGAUUUUGUCUGUGGAGCCGGAUUCGGAUGUAAGCUUCAUAAUUUUUUCAAUUACUUAUGAAUUUAUUUUCAGUGUUCGCUAAUAACGAAAAUUGUGGAUCAAGUGUUUUUGCCAACAAUGCCACUGCUCUUCGUCAAUGUGACACAGAUUUUGAAACAAAUGUAGUUUUGGACCAAUCUCAAACUUGCGCGUAAGUUUGCUUUUUUUAUUAUCAAUGACAACAAAUUUAUAGAUAUGUUGAACUUGCCGCAACAUGCUACCAACGUAUCUUUUACGAUGCAUGCCGUAGAUCUGAAAUGGGAUGGUGGGGAUGUAAUUAUGAACGAACUGGAACUAACUUGAACUACCCACAAUGUACUCAACUUUUCUGCUCUUGUAAGUUCCUAUAUGUUAUUUAUUUGAAAUUAAUUAAUCAAUUUUUUUUCAGUCCACUCUUAA